AUGGCGGCGAACUCAAACUUCAUAUGUUUUGUUGUAGAUCGUUGUGAUAUGCCACUUGGUAUCGAGGAUAAGCGUGUUCACGACAAAAUGAUGCGCGCUUCUUCGUAUGCCAGGUACUACUGCAGACCAGCGAGUGGACGGCUGAAUGGUCGUAGAUAUGGUCGAUACGGAGGGGCCUGGUGCGCAAAGAGACGAGACAGGCGCCAGUGGCUCCAGGUGGAUUUCGGCGCACUUACCAAAGUGUCACGUAUUGCUACGCAAGGAAGGCAAAACUCCGCUCAAUGGGUGAAAUCCUACUCUCUUUCAUACAGCAAGAAUGGAUAUGCUUAUGUACCGUACAGAGUGGGAGGUCGAACAAAGAUAUUCCCUGGAAACUAUGAUCAGCACGUGAUAGUACGCCAUAGAUUACGUCAUCAUAUUACAGCGCGCUUUUUUAGAUUCCAUCCCAUCACGUGGUACAACUGGAUCUCAAUGAGAGUUGAACUGUACGGCUGUGUCGUUGGCGCACGUUGCAACAGGCCUCUGGGAAUGCAAAAUGGUCGCAUUCGUGCACACCAACUUACUGCUUCUUCCAGUUGGGACAAGAACCACGCACCCAACUACGGUAGGCUUCAUUUCCGCCGCGCUGGUCAUCGAAUGGGGGCUUGGUGCGCAAGACAUAACAACCGUCUCCAGUGGUUUCAGGUUUACUUUGGUCGCCCCACCCGGGUGGUGAAGUUUGCUACACAAGGACGACAGGAUGCCCGUCAGUGGGUGACGCAGUAUUAUUUGACAUUCAGUCAGGAUGGGGUGCAUUCUGCUGAGUACAAAGAAAACAGUAAUCGAAAGUACUUCCAAGGAAACAGAGAUCAAAACAGCGUCGUCCAACAUCGCCUCUUUCCUCGUAUCAAAGCUCAAUAUAUUGAGAUCCAUCCUUGGGCUUGGUACGGACAUAUCUCCAUGAGGGUCGAAUUUUAUGGUUGUGCUGAAGGUAAACAAGAAAUUCUCCAUAUUGCCUGCCCUACACCUUGUCCUAUUGUUUCUCUAAUAAUUUGUUGCUAA